GCGGCUCGCCCGGGAGGAGCUCGCCGGCAGCCGCCGAGGGGGACCCCCGGGCAAUUGAGCCCUGUGGACUUUCUCUGAAGAAGUUCCAAGAUAGGUGGGUCUGCACCAGGCAGGCAGGCUCGCGCGGGGCUGGAGCUGACGCGGGUGCUCUCUCGCUUGGCAGCAGCUGAGCCGGGCUCCGGGAGAGGAUGGGGAAGCAGAACAGCAAGCUGCGCCCCGAGGUGCUGCAGGACCUGCGCGAGAACACCGAGUUCACGGACCACGAGCUGCAGGAGUGGUACAAGGGCUUCCUAAAAGAUUGCCCGACGGGCCAUUUGACUGUGGAGGAGUUCAAAAAAAUCUACGCCAACUUCUUCCCCUACGGCGACGCGUCCAAGUUCGCCGAGCACGUGUUCCGCACCUUCGACACCAACGGCGACGGGACGAUCGACUUCAGGGAAUUCAUCAUCGCGCUGAGCGUCACCUCGCGGGGCAAGCUUGAGCAGAAGCUCAAGUGGGCGUUCAGCAUGUACGACCUGGACGGCAACGGGUACAUCAGCCGCGGGGAAAUGCUGGAAAUCGUGCAGGCAAUCUACAAAAUGGUUUCAUCAGUAAUGAAAAUGCCAGAAGACGAAUCCACUCCAGAGAAGCGGACAGACAAGAUCUUCAGACAGAUGGACACAAACAAUGACGGUAAACUGUCCCUGGAGGAGUUCAUCAAAGGUGCCAAGAGCGAUCCCUCCAUCGUGCGGUUGUUACAGUGCGACCCCAGCAGCGCGAGUCAAUUCUGAUACAAAGCGGACAGUUUGCAACGAGAAUCUCGGCUUGUCCUUCAAGCUUUGCUCGCAAAUGGAUGCCUUCUCAAUCAUUCCUCAACAGUUAGCGGAUAAGAUACCAUUGCCAGAUUGUGUGUGUCUGAGUGAAAACAGCCCUCGCUCCCCUCACUAACACCAGUGCAGCUCUCCUUCGGCAGCUCCAUUUCUGCUUUCCCGUAAUGUUUUGGUUCACUCUGCACGUGUUAGCGGUAACUGAAAGGUAUGUUUACAUGCAGAUCCAAAGGGUUCAGGUCUCCCGUGAGACGCCACUUCGCUUAGUCUGGAGGGAAGAUGGUGUUCCCGUAGUCCCAGGAAGACGCUAGGUAGGACUGUGACCCAACGUAGCAGAUGGCAGGUAAUUUAUUUUGCUUCGGAAGUGACUAUGUUAAAAAAAAAAAGAAAAAAUAAUAAAAAAAAAGGUGGACUGAAUGGAGUAGAAAGUUUAAAUAAAAAAAGGAAAAAAAAUAAAACAAAAACGCAGCUUUCCUGAGCAUGGUUCCAAUUUUCUUUUUGAGGAAAAUUGCUUGCACUUAUCUAAUGGUCUUUACUUUCUUUUAAUAUAUAUAUAAAUUAUAUAUAUAUGGUGAAGUAAAAUUUUAAAUAUUUAGGUCAUCUAUUUAAGGCAUACAGUAGACUUCAGGCUUUGUUUCUUCUAGUUGUCUGUGAUUUAUUCCGAUCUUGGAGAUGAUUGUUUUUCGUGGUAUUUAUGCAUUAGCGAAUCGGCCGUUCCAAAAGAGAUGCAUGACUAGCAGUUCGUGGAUAUUUCACUCUGUUUAAUUACUGAAUGCAAAACUUCGUUCGUUUUUACUGUCGGUUGUUCCAGCGUUUCUGUACUAACGGCAGACCUGAGAGGAGCAAUCCUCCUUCUGUAUUUCUCAGUGGAGUCCUACUUCAUGGUGGUCGCUGCGUUCAAUGGCUUCUGAGUGAAAUGAGGUGACGUGACUCGCACCGCUCUUCUCGACCUCGCUGCACCUCCUCCCUCUUGCUGUCGAUACGUUACUAGUCUCGUGCAUUCCAGUGUUAUUUAAUAUCUGCCUAAUGCCAAGAAAUAUCCAUUGAAAUAAAAGACUACUUUUCUUGUCA